CGCUUGCUGCGUGCAUGGUUUUCCCCGCCAAACGCUUCCGCUCGCUGCCAUCCAUGGAAGGCGUGCGCUGGGCCUUUUCCUGCGGCACUUGGCUGCCGAGCCGAGCCGAAUGGCUGCUGGCGGUGCGAUCGAUCCAGCCGGAGAAGGAGCGCAUUGGCCAGUUGGUCUUUGCCCGGGACGCUAAGGCCACCAUGGCUGGUCGUCUGAUGAUAAGGAAAUUAAUUGCAGAGAAGUUGAAUAUUCCGUGGAAUAAUAUUCGUCUGCAAAGAACUGCAAAAAGAAAACCAGUUCUCGCAAAGGACUCUAUGAACCCUUAUCCCAACUUCAACUUUAACAUCUCCCAUCAAGGGGACUACGCGGUGCUGGCUGCAGAACCUGAGCUACAAGUUGGAAUUGAUGUCAUGAAGACUAGUUUUCCAGGUCGUGGUUCAAUUCCAGAAUUUUUUCACAUUAUGAAAAGGAAGUUCACGAGCAAAGAAUGGGAAACAAUCAGAAGCUUCAAGGAUGAGUGGACUCAGCUGGACACGUUCUACAGGAACUGGGCACUGAAAGAAAGCUUCAUUAAAGCCCUUGGUGUUGGACUGGGAUUUGAAUUGCAACGGCUUGAAUUUGACAUCUCCCCAUUAAACCUGGACAUAGGCCAGGUUUAUAAAGAAACACGUUUGUUCCUGGAUGGAGAAGAAGAAAAAGAGUGGGAGUUUGAGGAAAGCAAAAUAGAUGAGCACCAUUUUGUUGCAGUAGCUCUUAGGAAACCUGAUGGAUCUAGACAAAAGGAUGUGCCUUCCUCAGAUGACUCGAAGCCAUCCCAGAGGCAGUUUACUAUCCUUACCUUUAAUGAUUUAAUAUCAUCUGCUAUUCCCAUGACACCUGAAGAUCCUUCAUUUUGGGACUGUUUUUACUUUACAGAAGAAAUUCUAAUUCGGAAUGGUACAAAAUCAUGAUACGAUUCACUAUGUAAUGAAAGCAGGUGACGACUGUUUGCAAUCUUCCAUAUUCCCUGAAAAAAAUAAAUCCCCAGUAGUAUAAAAAGCAGUUUUUUCUAGAAACCAAAACCUUUUACUAUUGAAGAAGCAGACUUCUCUUUCAAGAUAGGCCGCUAGAAUGUCUCCCUCUUCCUACACAGACCUCGGCAGAAUGCGCAGAAAGGGUGGCAGCACCUGCAGCUGAUAAGUAAAGAUGGUAGAAAGUGCAGAUGUGCGAAAGGGAACUGUGUAAAUCCUACCAGAAAUCACUAGCCUAGACCCUGAGUAUCUUUCUAGACCUUCUUUCGUGGCAAAUAAAUCCAUAUUAGCUUUUUUUUAAUGGGCACAUGCUGUUUUUAUAAUUUUUUUAACUAUAUGUAAUAUUUAACUGUGCCUCGCAUGAACUUAUAGUGAGUUAGA